CUCCACACAGAGAUGUCCACCUUGCAGCCCCAUUUCCUUACUCUCAUACCUUAUUAAGUGUGUUAAGACAACAUGUGGCCUGAGGUGGAUGUGUUAUUUUUUGUAAAACCACCCCCUGUUGUCACAGAACAAACUAGGCCACUAGCCUGGUUGCCAUAGCGACCGACCGUGACCCCAUGGACGGAGCAGCUCAUGUAAUCUCCCAGUGGGGCCCAUUAUUUAUGAGGAACGUAGCCAACCUGCACCUGCCAAAAACAGAACAGAAAUGGCACAAAACAGUAAAGGAGCAGCAGGAGGGACACAGCCUGGACAAAGAAUGCUCUUUACAGGUCCGGAUGGUAUUGGUGACUACAGGCCGAGGUUCAAUCAUUCUCCCCAGUACGUCGGUGUGGGCUCCUUAUCACCUGAGGCCACGGGAGACCUCAACUACCUGUGGAGGGCCGCCCCGAACGCCCCACCACCUUUGCCCAAACAGGCCUACGUGGGGGAGGUAGGCUGGGGCUGGCAGUACAACCAGCUGGUGAACAAUGGGUCGCUACACAGCGGCAUGCAAAUUCAGAAAACGGAUGUACGAAAUGCACUGGAAGACAGAGCGAGCCAUAGGUUCCAGCCCCAACAACAGAAGAGGAUGACUGACACACAAAAAUCCAAAAACAAAGCCUGACAGAAAGAAGCAGCGAGCUCAGCGGGCCACCUGGGAUGUUUCCAGUUUUAUCAAAACAGAAUAACAAUAUAUUGUGUAAUCUCAGUUGUUAUUAUAAAUGUGCU